UCCCGUACACUCCCUCUACUCUGGCCAACGCGCAAUUCCCCCCGAUCUCAGAAACCCAAAUGGACCCACCACCGCCACAAUCUACCACCAUCGCCGCCACCUCCAAGCUUCGUUUGAUGUGCAGCUACGGCGGCCACAUAACCCCGCGCCCGCGCACAAAGGCUCUCUCCUAUUUAGGCGGCGAAACACGCAUAAUCUCCGUCGACAUAACCGCCGUCAACACUCUUUCCGCCUUCAUUUCUCAUCUUCUCACAAUCCUCCCAAUUAAACCUCCCUUUUCCCUGAAGUAUCAGCUCCCUCACUCUGCCCUUGACUCUCUCAUCUCCCUCUCCUCCGAUGACGACCUUCACUUCAUGCUCUGCGAGCACCUCCGCCUCACCUCCUCCACCUCCUCUCGCAUUAGGCUCUUCGUCUUUUUCCCCGAGCCCGAGAAGGCCCGUAAUGUUAUUCAUCAUCCCAAGACUGAGGCCUGGUUCGUCGAUGCGCUUAAGGGUGCGAAGAUUUUGCAAAAGGGGCAGGAUUGCUUGGUGGGUUUUGAUGCGGAGGGGGUGAUUGGAGAGAAUGAAGCUAAGGGUAUUACAGAUUUGGGUAAUGGGUGUGUUUCAUUGCCGGAAUCCAUGAUCUUGGAGACCAAUUCUUCUUUUGGAUCAUCCUCUUCUUCGACCUCUUCGGCUAAUGUGUCUCCUCCCAUUAAACUCCAGAGUGAGGAUUUUGGACUCAGCUUGCCCGAUAAUGCUGCUAAGCAGCACACGACUUCCGAUUCCGCCGCAACCCUCGUGAGCGAGAUUGCCCCUACCAACUCCUGUUGUUCAGUUGAGAAUGCCUUUUCAGGGCAUGCACUAGCUUCCCAACUGAACCCUUUUCAGCAGCAGCCAUGGCAGUUUGUUCAAGCAGGCACGCCUAUGGAGAGCUGCCUUCCUGCCAUGUAUCCAAUGCCUUCUUACUAUCCAGUCCAGCAGCCUCAGUUUGUGCAUUACCAGCCCAUGCCGAACCACCAUAUGUAUCCUGUGUACUUCUUGCCUGUUGGGCAGACACAGGUUCCACCCCCUUCCAAUCUACCUAUGCACUGGGGCUUCCACGAUACUGCAACCGGGAGUUCGGCACCGAAUUUCGGAGCAAAUCCGAUUGCUCUUGAAGCUGCUGAUGAAGCUCAAGAGCAGGCAGUAAGCAUUGGUAAUUAUGGUGCAGCUGAUGCAUCUGUUGAGGAGGGUUCACAUGAAUGCAAUGAGGAUGAUCCUGCAAGGACCCUGAUAUACAAAUCUCAGCCUGGCCCGCCACCCCUGGUUCCUCCUUCUCAGUCGCAAACUAAGACUAAAGGCUCUACCAACCUUCUGUCAGAUGCGAUGGCUCAGCUGCAGCUGAUAAAAAUCAAGCAAUAACUUGGAAGUCAGCUAGCAGAGUGAGUAAAACAUUGGAUCACCCAGCUUAGCUUUGUGAGAAUUGUUCUUUCUUUUCUUUUCUUUUGUUCUAUGGUUGGUUGCCUUCCUGAUGAGCUUGUUUUAUAGGUGUAAAGACUGAAUGUUUGUUGUUGUUACUCUUCUCCUUUUCUGCUAUGCCUAUCUUCUGUUUCUUUCUUUCGUCAA